CAUCAUGGGUCUUAUGCGUCGGCUAAUGGGAAAGCCUAAACGAAAAGAUGAGCAUUAUAUUUCCCUCCAUGAUGUACGAGAAGCGACAAACAAUUUCAAUGACGAAAAUGUCAUUGGAAGUGGAGGGUUUGGGAAGGUUUAUCGAGGAUAUUUGAAAGAUGGGACCGAGGUGGCUGUGAAGCGAAGGGACAAGGAUUCACGUCAAGGAGCAGAAGAAUUCGAAUUCGAGAAGGAGCUGCUGUUCAGGCUGGAACACCCCAAUUUGGUUUCUCUGAUCAAGUACUGCGACGAAAAGGGUGAGAUGAUCUUGGUUUAUGAGUACAUGAAAGAAGGUACUCUACAGAGCCAUCUGUAUGGCUCCAAUAAGCCUCCACUCAGCUGGGAGCAGCGGUUGGAGGCUUCGACGGGAGCAGCGAAGGGGCUGAACUAUCUGCAUUCCAAUGGCAUUAUCCACCGUGAUGUCAAGUCUUUAAACAUCUUGCUGGAUGAGAACCUCUGCGCCAAGAUGGGUGACCUGGGCAUGUCAAAGGCAGGUCCCGAGUUGGACAAAACUCAUGUCAGCACUCGAGUGAUAGGCACCAUUGGCUAUCUUGAUUUACAAUAUUGGAUGACGGGGCAUCUGUCAGUCAAGUCUGAUGUUGGCUCUUUUGGAGCCGUCCUGCUAGAGGUGCUAUGUGGCAGGGCAGUGAUUGACCACAGACUUUCAGCGGAGAAGGUGAACUUGGUAUGCUGGGGAAAGAAAAUGCUGGAGGAAGGGAAUGUGGCCGAAAUCGUCGACGAGAAGAUUCGAGACACAACCCACCCGCAUAAUCUGGCCAUGUUUGGCAGCAUUGUGUUAAGGUGCCUGGCAGAAGAGAACGCGGAGCGGCCAACGAUGGAAGAGGUGCUCAGAGACCUGGAGUGGGAGCUGGGCAUGGUUCGUGCUGGAAACCCACCAGAUGAGUCUGUCCAUGGCAGCGCCAGUGUGGCUGCUGAAAACUCGGGUGAGUCUGGUCAUGCCGCCGUCUCUUCUCAGGAGAAGAAAGUCAAAGCUUUGGAACGGUCCCAAGGUAAAACUUACGAGAGAAGUCCAAGCGUAUCUCAUGAACUCUCCGCCACAUCCACGAGCCGUGCGGCCCGCCUGUCCGGAAGUCGAUUCCUGCAGGGUCGCAAUGGCAAUGCCAUGAAGAUGAAAGGUCCUGUCGAGCUCGAGAGCAUCAGUGAAGACGAGAACUGUUUCUGAUCAUGCAUCAAUUCUCUCCUCAGCCAACCGAUUCGAGGGAUCGGAGGGGUGAUCUGCGUUGCUUUUCUUUUCUUUUCUUUUCUUUUCUUUUCUUUUUUGUGUCGUCAAUUCUAGCUACUAGAUGGUGGGCUCUGCUCAGGUUGAACUAGUACU